UACAGUUCUUCGUGUAAUAGAGAAAGAAAACUAAAAACAAAACAAUCAAAGGUUCAGAACAUGUAAAAUAAUUAUUAUACGCAUUGUACAAAUUUUCAAACGUUUAAAACUUUGUAAAAACUUCAAAAUUUUGUUCAGUUCAAAUGGUGACGACGCACAACGACCCCCUCAUCAUGCAGCAGGAGACCGCCGGCGCAACCGACCCCAGUCCCGAUGACCCGCAAAGCACCAACCCAUCCCCCGCCCAAAUCCUCCAGUCGGACCUCAUCGAUCACAUCGCGCGCGACCCAAAGGUGUUCUUCAAAAGCCAGCAAAUCAACGACCCCGAACUGACGACCGACGAGCGGGUCGCGAUCGUGCGCGACGUCCUGGCCAAGAGUCACACGACGUUUCUGGCCCGCUUCGGACUGUUCCUGCGGGAGGAGCAUCUGCGCUUUUUCGAGCAGGACGGUCAAACCAGCGGGUACAGUCCGGACGAGUCGUACGAGGUGGGCUACUAUUUGGAGCGGAUUCGCCGUUCGCACAACGGCGGUCGCCACCGGGAGGUUCGCAAUCGACGGUACGCCGCGCUCAAGCAGCUGGUCCAGGAGGGAAAGUACUUUAGCGAGACGGAGAUGAUGCAGCGGGAGCCGUUGCUGUACGACCAGCUGGUUGGGCAGUAUCUUACGGAGCGGGAGAAGAAGACGCGGGACGCGGUCGGCCAGAAGAACGACAGCUUGGUGUCGAUUCUGUUUAGUGGAAUUGAUCGGGACAAUGUGGACGCGCUGAGGCAGCAGCAGGAGCAGGAAGAGAAGAGUCAGGAUGAGGCGGCUGGGGGUGAUGAGGAUGAUGGGUUCCGGCAGAAUAAACCGCCGGGGUCGUCGGCCUUUUCGCGGGCUCAGUGGGGGAACUUUGACGAUGAAGAAGUUGAAAGGCAGCGCAGGGUGGAGAAUGAUCGGGCUACUCGACAAAGGAAUAAGAAAUUUUCGACUCCGGUGACGGCGUUGACCGCGGGUGAGCGAGAUCUGCUGCGGGACGAGUUCGUUGGUACGAUGUACUCGAGGUUUAUCGCUGGGGAAGAUGAGGAGUUUGAUUACGGGAAGGUUGAUGAAAGCAUGGAGCUGGAUAACUUGGACAUUGUCGAGCAGGACGAGCAGGAACGGUACUUUGACACGGACGAUGGGGAGGAGGUUCAAGCUGAUGAAGGCAGUAAGAUGCAGCAGGACGACGAGGAAAGUGAGGACGAUCUGGACGUGUACAUGCGGCAUCUGGAGAAGCACUUGGAUAGCCAGAGGAACUUGGAGCAGAUGAACAGUCGCAUGAGAGAGGUCAAUUGUGAGUACGACAGUGAUGAUGAAUAGUUUGAUCGUGAA